UUUAUGUCAGUGGACAGGAAGUGACGUUUAAGACGGAAAAGAUGGCGGCCCGCACACGACUGCCCUUGCUGUUUCCUAGAAACCUGCCACCUUUAAGAAAUAAACAGCUUGUCCACACCGAGGCUGCAAUCAAGGAGCCCACGUAUCCCCCCAUAGUCCACUCUCUCACGGCUAAAAGUAAAUCAGCUCGCCGGCGACAGGUUGAGGUACAAGUCCAGAAGAUAUGUGCCUCUGCAGUGGACGAGAAGCUCUCCCUUCUCACUCGGAUCCAGCGGAAGAAAUUUGUGGUGUACCCUCAGACUUUUGCACGGAACGCAGACAGAUGGUACCAACACUUUACCAAGACUGCAUAUAUCCCGGGUCUGCCCGAAAAAUUCAACCUGGGUGCUCCUGAUGAGAGCAAGGGGGUGGAGAGCUCAACACCAGCGGCUGCACAGAGCACUGUGCCGGGCAUUGGAAAUGAUGCGUUCGCGGACACCCGCUCCUUGGUCACUCGUGUGAUUUUACAGGAGCAGUGGCACAUGAAGAAGCGUAAGCCUUUUCUGUCCAGAGCGCAAGAACAGAUGGUCGGACCUGUUCUGAGAAACCUGGCGACUGGACUUAACCAUGGUCUGGCCAAAUACAACCCUCUGUUCCUGCUUUCCAGUCUUGAUUUUGAUCAAAAGGUGCACUUUUACUGGAGGAGAGGACAGAGAAUCAUACCAAAGGGGCACCGAAAAGGACGACAAGAGCCAACCAGGUUCCAGAUUGAUGACCAACCAAUCAGUCAGAUUAGGAUAACACAACAACUCCCACAGUUUGUCCCGAUUGAGGCCUCUUAUACAGCUGAAGUUCCAGAGAUCACAUUAUCUCCUCACCUGAUGCCUAUGUUCAAAAGACAGUAUGACAACAAUAUAUUUACAGGAUCUAAGCUACCAGACCCGGCAUGUUAUGGUCACACCCAGUUCCAUAUGGUACCAGAUCAAUAUCACAGAGACCGGAUGGCUCGGAUGAAGCAGUCUGAUCAGGUGGAGGUCUUCCUCAGAGCCAACGCACUCGCCAGCCUCUUCGCCUGGACCGGAGCUCAGGCCAUGUACCAGGGUUUCUGGAACAAUGAAGACGUCACCAGACCCUUUGUGUCCCAGGCUGUGAUUUCAGACGGCAAGUUCUUCUCCUUCUUCUGCUACCAGCUGAACACUUUGGCCCUCUCUGUGGAGGUCAACGCAAACAACCCCAGGAAAAACCUCCUGUGGGGCACUGAGAGCCUGCAGCUGUACGAGAGCGUACAGGACGGAGAGGUGGUGGGUCUGAACGACGACGUCAUAAAACUUCUGGUUCAGUUCCUCUUGAAUCAGCCGUAAAGCUCUUCUGUUUUUUUUGUCUUCAAAGCGUUCUAAUGAGAGAUUCCUAUGACUAUGUGUACUUCAAGGAACUUUGUCAAAAUGUAUAGUGUACAAUCAAAAAAGCAGAGAGCUGUGUUAUGGUGCGUGAAAGUGAACUAAGUACUGAAAUGUACUGCACACAUACGUAUGUAUGCUUAUUGUGCUGACUGUAUUUAUGCAUAAAUAAAACCAAACUUUUCAAAUAGA